CCAGGAUGUCAGUACAUCGACCUAGGAUUAGGCAAUGGAUACACCCUGGAUAGAGAUUUCAGUUCGUCCUCUGUACUAAAUUCAAACACACCUGCUAAGAUUGGUCGCUUGAACUGCAAUGGAGGAUCAUCAUGGUGUGCCGCAACAAAUGAUAGGCAGGCAUAUCUACAGGUUGACUUUGAAAAGCUUUAUAUCAUCUGUGCUGUGUCAACUCAGGGGAACUCCCAAGGGGACGAGUGGGUAAGGAAGUACACACUUCAGUCAUCUAGGGAUGAAGCAACUUGGACAAACUAUCAAGAGGCGGGAAAUGUAAUAAAUAAUAAAAGAGUAUAAUUCCUGGUUAAAACAUUUACUGUCAUUAUUACGACAGAGAGGUUGUUCAAGUUAUUCAAGCGCACGAUAUAAGUGCUUGAAAAACAAAUUAAACAUACUGGGAGUCAAAGGAAAAAACACAAGCAAGGUAAACCAAGCUAUUCUAUAUAGACUUGAGCAAAAGUAAAGACGAGAAACUUUAGAACUUAUUUAGAGUAGUAUUUGUGAUGAGAGGUCUGCAUCUGAGAUAAGGAAAAACGAUCUUAACAGCGAUUCUGUCAAUCAAAAGGAUCUCACUGCCAUAUUUGACUGACAUCGAAAGCUGGCUUUAGUUCUUAGAUGCAUUGCAUCUUUUUAACUCAGAAUGAAACUGAAAUAUGGUCUCACGCUUUGCUUUAUGAAAAAAAAAACACUAACAAGCCCUAACUUGGCAGAAAAAGAUGUUUUUUCGUCUUGUCACGUGCGUGCGACAAAGAAAAUCUGAGUUAAUAUAUGACACGCGUCCUGCAUACUGCUAGGAUCAGCAAUGUCUGUAGCGACAUGUUUUGUAAGGAAACGUACGUUUUUCUUGAAGGUGGGGAGGGCUGGGGCCUCAGAGGGGAGGAUCACCAGUGAAAGUGAGCACCAAAAGGGGGAUGUCAUACCUCUUUGUAAGCUAUUAAAGGGGAGGAUCACACACCUUUUCCAGAAUUUUUGUGAUGUUGCUUUCCAUUUUUCUUACAGAUUAAGUUUUUCUUUUCCCCUACUUUGAUUUAGUCUGGUGUUUUAUUAUAGGUUCUAGGUUACAUUUCUAUAGGUAUAUUAUGCCAUAGCACAUAUAUUUCUCGGAGGACUCGUGUCCUUUGCUGUCCGUAUCGAAACGUACUAAACUCAGGCACCGUUUCUUCAGCUUCUUGCUCCUGUUGACUAUCCGCUACUUGAUCUCCUGAGUCGUUUAGUCUUUAGUCACUGUCAGACUCUGAAUUUAAGUCAGAGGCAGGCUGACUGUUGUUCUGACUGUCCUGCUCAAUAGAAGUCAAAAUCUUGCUGCCAAUAUGUGCCUUCAACACCCUCACUUUCUAAUGUUUCUUUCCUUUAAAUGUAAUAUUGUGGUGAUUAAUACAAAGUUCAAGUUCACCUACACUUAGGGGUGACAACUGGUUUCAGUGAUAGAGAUCUUGUCAGUCAAUGUCAUUGUAUUCCGGUUGCUUUCUUUCUGCAUGCUUCCUGUCAUUAUCUGUUGGUUGCUUAUCUUUCCUCAUUUCAAUGUCAGUUAGAUGCUCAAUAUAACCUGCAACAAGCGUUUCUGAAACAAUGUAUUGUUACAUAAUGUAACGAAUGGCACACUCCAACGAGAUACAAGGGGAUUUAAUGCGGCCUUUUCUCAAAAAAUUCCUUCAGUUUCUCUUGUACAAUUUACGGUACAAAUGUUCAAAUUGAACGGACUUAGAAAGACUCACCGAGAGCGUAUAUUUGUUGUAGAACUUAAAUUAAAACUUCGCUCGCUCGCUCGCUCUCGCAACGUAAUGACACUAUUGUUUAUACAAAUUCAUUCUGAAACCAAUAUUUUUCUGUCAACCAAAGUCAUUUGAGAGAGAGAAAAGAGGGAUUCAUAAGUUAUUCAUCGGCUUGAGGUAGUGACCGACGUGUUUGCUUAAAAAUACUGCCCAGCCGGAAACACGAGCUCUGUAUUUACGAAAAAUGGCAACAAAAGUUGGGAUGUACUUGGCGACUCACGAAAACGUUACCGUGGCCCGUGGGCAGAGAUAGAAAAAUACUAACCGGGUAAAGAACCAAUCAGAUUGCAAGAUUCGUUACCGUGCCCUCUCAAAAAAAAUAAUAUACUUUAUUUCCAGGACUUGAAGGCUGUGGCACGAAUGGUUUGCAGUGUUUGAGUAUUGUUCGAAACACCCCCUUUUAAUAGAACUUUAAACCAUUAUAUUUAUAAUUGUAUAUUAGUAGCUUGUAAAUAAUUACGCAAUUCAGUAUUUUACUGCGAUGUGAUAAUAAUAAACCAGACCAGUCCAGUCCACCCCCCCUCCCCUCCCCGUUUGCCUCUUUAAUUGGAGAAAAAGUGCUCUAAGUGUAACAUGGCGUACCCCUCCCUCUCUCUUGUGUACUCUAUUUUUGUCUCUAUGAGUCACUCGCUAGGCAUCCCUGAGUUAUGUUUUGUAAUUUCCUAAAGUUGAAUAUCUAAAUCAUUUGUGUUUUCCUGUGAUGGUCCCAAUUUGGUCCCCGAGAGAUUGUUCUUUCCAGCUUCGUAUGCACGUGGAAAAAAUGAGAAAAAUCUCCUCAUUCGUGAUUUAAUAACACUAUCCAUGUGACUUUUUGGCAAAUGGUCUAUGAGGCGAAAGAAAAGUAUUCAAGUUCGAUUUCGCCUUUUUCAUCUCGCACAGUCUUCGAUCCUCACGAGAAGGAGCAACGUCUAAUCGGAGGUGGAGCGCGGGCUCAAUUCUCAAACUGCGGCUGGUAAUAGUAGCCUGCUCAAGAUGACAGGUGCAGAAAUCGUAAUUUUUCGAUCGUCAUAAAACAAUACUUUGUCAUUAAUAACUGAGGGCCUUGUGACCCUUUUAUUCCUAUUAGUAGUCACGCAACUUUUUGUCACUAUUUCAGGUUAUAUGGGAAUACAAACGUAAGUUAGGAGAAACUUACCUAUGAUUGACACCAGCAAAACGUGUUUAGUUAAGCUAAGUUUAGCUGAAUGAAAAUCAGAAAUAAGUGAAUUUUGCUUAGGAUUCAAGUGGUUAGUAACUUGUAUUUUUAAUGUGCUAAACUUGAAGCCGACCAAUAUCGGUUUAAACAGCUCCCACGAAGAAAACAAAUUUAAACCGUGUUUGAAAAAACAACUGUAAAACAUUCUCUAGUACCGGUACACUCUACUUCCAACAUCUCGUGUACGCAAUCUUAGAAUAACAUCAGCUCACAAGAAACUUCAGACACCUUACGCCAGACGCGUAAAACUUUCCCUCUCCUUCAUUAAGGCAUAAUUUCACGUCGACUGCAUACCUUAUCUAUUGGAACAAAUUUCCCACGGGAAAAGUACUCUAUGUUAUUUAGUGGCCAGUCAGGAGACACUCACUUUUCCAUUGCUUUCUUUACCCGGUUUUUAUUUAACGAUCAUCUACCAACUAACUUAGUACAAUCAUCUUACUUAAUUACAGAAUCUUUACACCAUUCAGUAGUCAUACACUAUAUUACUUAUGUUUAUGCAAGUACUUGUUGCUAUAGUACUAAAUACAACACAGGUACAUUUUAAUGAUUGCACAAACACUAUUUAAAUAGCUGUCUAAAGAAGCAUGUUUCGAUAUGUGCUACAAAUCCAGAUACUUUCAAUUGUCGUUGGUAAGGUAUCCAAAAAUUAAUUUUGACCACGUGUAAGAAAUGGGCUUCGUCUUCCUCCUCUUCAAGGGUGGCCGGAAAUUCUCCCAAAAUCAGUCUGAAGUAUCAAACAUUCCUUCGAUAGUAGAAAUCUGCCGAGCGAAUGGCGAAGGGCUAACGCUCGAACCGUCAGCUUUAAAAAAUCUUUCCGGGGCCAAUUUACACUAUGAACUUAGUUAAUAACAAUCAACUUAUCUUAUUGCGCUUCCCCAACGAAGCAGCACCACAUUUUCUUUAGAAACUUAACCCAUUUAUUCAUAACUUAUCAGCAGCCCUGUAUAGACUAUUUGCAUGACUUCAACUAUGACCUUGUAAAUCAUAAAACGAUGGUCGUGGUGUAACUAGAAACAGAAAAUGACGAGGGCGGGGUGUAAUUUUUUUAUUAUGAUUUCAUACCAAUGGCAUUAAACAGCGAGUUUUAAGAUUACUCUUGUGUUUAAAUAAUUGUGAAACUUGUGAAGAAAAGGAGAAUCUCUUAGAACUGUCAAACUUUCAAAGUGUUCUAACAUCACGCACUUGACGGCCAUUAGCCCGUAAAAUGAAAAUUUUUACAAAUUUCAUCAUUCUCUCUUUAUAUCUGUUAUUGAUAUUACAAAACGUGGUUAUAUUCAUGAUUGACGUGGUUACGUGAUGGUAGCGUCAAACAAAGGGCCCCUUGGUUUAGAUGUAUUAAGGUAGAGGUCAAACAUCGGCGCACGCGGAAGCAGAUCAAUUUUGGCUGACCGCGCGACAACGUCAGCCCGGAAGAAAUGAUUAAUGUCAUGUGAAACAUGCAAAAACUAAAUUGAAAUGUUCAUAAAAAUCUACCAAAGGAAAAAAGGAGAAAGAGGAAAACUUGAGAUUUUUUUAACUCAGGGCUGAUUUAAUGGAAGGUAUCCUGCUGAUUUUGCAUUUUGUUAUGAGCUUCAUCUAAAAAUUUAUACUCUUUUAAUACACCGUGACUUACUGGCUUACGUGGUUAUUAACAUCUCCCAUAAGUCAACUUGGCUCUGACCGACUGAAAGCACACACACUUGUCAUUACAAAGUUAGCACCUGUGUAGGCUACUGUGUUGCUUGUUAUUAUCAAGAGUUGCGUGGUCUCAAUAACCAGCCGCUGUUCGAAAAAUGAGCCCCUCUUCUCGUGAAGGGCAAAUACCGGACUCGAGGGAGCAAUGGAAUUCUAGCCUAGAGUUACUGCGCUUGACAACACAGCAUUUUCGUAGAAUAUUGUUGUGAAUCAAUGUCUUAAAACUUCACGAUGUUUUAUAAGUCGCAAUCACUCCUUUUACGAACUAUCCUGAAAUAAUUGCCCUCAGCAGUCAAGUACUUUGAAGAGGCUUCAGAGCAGUUUGAAAUAUCGGAUCAUCAACUUACUCCAAGCCAAGCACGUAAUCGUAUUUAAAUCACUGCUACUUCCUUUCAACUAUCUUCAAAGUUCCUGUUGUUUUUUUUCCCUUUUAGGUACUGACAUUAGUUUUAACAUUUGUUCUGAUCAGGUUUUCCAAGUUGGAGAGAUCAUGGCCUUAUUUUUUCAUCAGUUAAUGCUCCUGGUGUUCUUAGUGAGUAUUCCUAUUAAUUCUACCUAUAUUGCAAUAAAUAAUUCAAAAUACGGAAUAUAAUGUGUAAGUACAGGUAAUCAGGUUUAAAAAAGUCCUCAUUAAGAAGCCAGUUCUGUUUCUUGAGAAAAACUUUUGAUUUCUCUAGCAUAACUUCUGGCUGGAGGGUCUUCGCAUUUUGAUGUUGUCAGUUCACAUCUGCUAAUGUUUGAUUUCUAUCAUUUUUCUCACAGAGUACUAAAUAUCCUCACGUUUCAGGCGCGUCGCUAGGUAUGUAAAAACAUGUGGUUCUGUACUUUAAACAAAAGUAAAGCAAAAACAAGCGCUGUUCAACUGUUUAACCGAGAAAGUUGCUUUUUGCCAUCAAUUUUCACAAAAUAUUUCUCUGUCUUUACGGGCAAAGACCAACGGUAAAUGGAAAAAUGACUUUCUACCGUAGUUAAUUCUUUACGAACUGCUAAAACUCAUUAUUUUAUUCCUUACAAUUCCUGUUUAAAAAAUGAGAGCAUUCAAUAUUCUCUUGUUGUCUGGUUGAGCGUGAAUUCAAUCAUCAUGACAGAUCAAUUUUUACAGAUUGCUUUAAGAAUCCUGUUGGUGUUGCUGAUCCCAGAAUAAUCACUGAUAAUCGGAUGACAUCAUCUUCUAAUCACUACGGUCUGUACCGGGCGGCCUAUGGUCGACUCAACGGUUACAGAGGCGGUGGUUGGUGUUCGCAUAAGACUGACAGUAACAAUGAAUGGCUUCAAGUUGACAUCGGAGAAAUAAUUCAAGCAUGCGGUCUUGUUAUCGAUGGAGAAAGAGGAACAAGUCGCCUGUGGAUUAAAGCUUUCAAACUGUCCUAUUCCUUAGAUGAAUUAAACUGGGAAACCUACCUGGAUGAAAGUGGUGAAGAAAUGGUAAAAAUUUCAUUGUAAUCCAUCAAAGAAAGUUUUUUAUUUCAAUUUGGUGGUGGGGAAAAUUUUGAAAAAAAAACUGUUCUUUCCACCUUGUUUAUCUUGUUCUGUUUUUAUUUUUUAUUGUUAUUGUUUAAACAUAUUUUUCUUUGCUUUCCUCAAAGUCACUUAGGCUUAUCAAGGGGGAUUGCAAAAAUACAAAAUUUAUUUCUUUUAUACAGGCUCAUACACAAACCCACACCCACGCAAAAACAACACACAAAUUACAAAAACAACGAAUUAAACUUACAUAGCUUGGGAGAUAUUAUUUAAACAAUCAGGUAAUGGUCACAGGAAAGCGAUUUGUAUUAAGUAUGAUACUUUAUAGCUCGCAAAAAAGCACUAUUGACAUUGUAUUUUUUUCCGUUCUUUCGCGUUUGGAAACAAGUAUUUUUGGAACUAUUUUUUCCUUUCAAAAAAACUUAUGUUCCAUUUAUUACGUUAAUGUUUCAAAGGAAUUUCAGAGUAUAGGUUACGGUCCUUCAAUCGCUCAGCACAAGUUACCACUGCCAGUGUAUGCAAGAUACUUUCGAUUUUAUCCAAUCCAGAGUCAUAGAAGGACCUGCCUUAGGGUUGAGAUUUUCAAACAAAAAUGUGAGUUCAUAAUGCAAUAAUAACUAAAAUAUGAUUACUUUUCCGGUAUCAGGAAACAGGUUCCUGGGUGUGGCCGAGAUAAUCAUUAAACACAGUGUAGUACAUUCUCAAAUUAACAACAAGCUCAUGCGUCAGCGUGUGUUCAUCGAUGUAAAAAGCACGCGGGAGGUCGGGAUAUGAAGCCGGCACGAGUUUUAAGAAGCUACAGUUGCACUCGGCUGCGCCUCCAGAAAAUCUUACGCAUCUUGCGUGCUCCAAAUCGACUUUCCUUUAGCAUAUUUACAUGAACUUCUCAUUUUAAGCUCCUAAAGGUUUAUAUCAAUCGUGCUUCAACGGAAAAGCUGAUUAAAGGCGACUGGUCCACUGCGAAUGGCUCUCUAGAAAUUUUCAAAAUGUUAGUCUUGCAACUGAUCAAUACGACAUUGACAGAAUAGAUAAGUUUUGAACCAAGUUAUCCUUGUAUCCGUAUUACUCUUGACAAAAAAGAAGAUGCCUCAUCCUCUUUGUUAUCGAUGAAUUCAUCUGAUAAGUAACUUUCAACAUUCAGCUUAAUAGGCAAAGGGGUUUAACUGUAUCAGGAUUUGGAUAAAGGUUGAAUAAUGCUUCUUUAUUUGCAGUUCCAGGAUGUCAGUACAUCGACGUAGGAAUAGGCAAUGGAUACACCCUGGAUAGAGAUUUCAGUUCGUCCUCUGCACUAAAUGCAAACACACCUGCUAAGGAUGGUCGAUUGAACUACAAUGGAGGAUCAUCAUGGUGUGCUGCAACAAAUGAUAGGCAGCCAUAUCUACAGGUUGACUUUGAAAAGCUUUAUAUCAUCUGUGCUGUUUCAACUCAGGGGAACUCCCAAGGAGACGAGUGGGUAAGGAAGUACACACUUCAGUCAUCUAGGGAUGGAACAAAUUGGACAGGCUAUCAAGAGGCGGGAAUAUUGAAGGUUUGUCACCUUCAGAAACCUAAUAGAUAAUAAAAGAGUAUAAUUCCUGGUUAAAAAAUUGACUGUCAUCAUUACGAUAGAGAGGUUGUUCAAGUUGUCCAAGCGCACGAUAUAAGUGCUUGAAUAACCUGGUUAAACAUAAUGGUAGUCAAAGGAAUAAACACAAACAAGGUAAACCAAGCUAUUCUAUAUAGACUUGAGCAAAAGUAACGGCGAGAAACUUUAGUACGUAUUUAGAGGAGAAUUUGUGACGAGAGAUCUGCACCUGAGGUAAGGAAAAACGACCUUAACAGCGAUUCUGUUAAUCAAAAGGAUCUCAUUGCCCCAUUGGACUGACAUCGAAAGCUACCUUAGUUCUUAGAUGCAUUGCAUCUUUUUACCGAGAAUGAAACUGAAAUAUGGUCUCACGCUUUGUGUUAUGAAAAAAAAACACUAACAAACCUUAACUUGGUAGAAAAAGAUGUUUUUUCGUCUUGUCACGAGCGUGAGACAAAGAAAACAAUCGAGUUAAUAUAUGACACGCGUCCUACAUACUGCUAGGACCAGCAAUGUCUGUAGCGACAUGUUUUGUAAUGGAACGUACGUUUUUUCAUGGGGGUGGGGAGGGCUGAGGCCUCAGAGGGGAGGAUCAUUAGUGAAAGUGAGCACCAAAAGGGGAGGGUGAUACCUCUUUGAAAGCUAUUCAAGGGGAGGGUCCCACAUCUUUUCCAGAAUUUUUUAAAGAGAAUUUCUGUGAUGCUGCUUUCCAUUUUUCUUACAGAUUAAGAUUUUCUUUUCCCUUAAUUUGAUUUAGUCUGGUGUUUUAUUACAGGUUCUAGGUCACAUUUCUAUAGGUAUGUUAUGCCGUGGCACAUAUUUUUCUGGCAGGAUUCGUGUCCUUUGCUGUACGUAUCGAAACGUACUAAACUCAGGCACCGUUUCUUCAGCUACUUGCCCAUGUUGACUAUCCGCUGCUUGAUCUCCUGAGUCAUUUAGUUCUGAAGAGUUACUAUUAGAUCCAUCCAUGCACUCUACCCUGUCACUGUCACUGUCAGACUCUGAAUUUGAGUCAGAGGCUGGCUGAAUGUUGUUCUGACUGUCCUGCACAGUAGAAGUCAAAAUCUUACUGCCAGUAUGUGCCUUCACCACCCUUACUUUCUAAAAUUUCUUUCCUUUAAUGCAAUAUUGUGGUGAUUAAUACAGUAAUAAAGUUCAAGUUCACCUACACUUAGGGGUGACAACUGGUUUCAGUGAUAGAGAUCUUCCCAGUCAAUGUCAUUGUAUUCCUGUUGCUUUCUUUCUGCGCGCUUCCUGUCAUUAUCUGUUGGCUGCCUAUCUUUUCUCAUUUCAGUGUUAGUUAGAUGCUCAAUAUAAUCUGUCCAACAAGCGUUUCUGAAACAAUGUAUUUUUCAGAAAACUCUUUGAUUGCCUUUUUAUCCCCUGCUUUUAGCUUACCCUCUUGAAAUAUCUUUUUUAUUUGAGCUCGAGGCUGAUAAUCAUCAGGUUUGCAGCCACUCGUAGGUGUUUUCGUAUUUGGUAUGUAGUGAAUGUCGGGAAGUUUAAUGUAAUCGGGAUAGGGUUUUGGAGUUGGUGUAGCUGGAGCAGGACUUACAAAGUUUUAAAGUUUAGACUUCCAUAUUCGAAAUUCAGCAAUAAAACGUAAAUAUCCCACACUGCGGAUUGUUCGCAAUUUCUUGUUUCAACUCGCACACAUUCAAUAUCGAGAUAUGUUUAUUUUCAAACAUUUUGCGUUCACAACCUAAAUUUUCUUAGGUGUCUACUGUGUGAAAUAUACCAUGUAGUAGUAACGGGAGGGUCGAACUUUUUUUAGUCACCUAGCUGAAAGGUGGGAGGUCAGGAGUUUUUUCUAUAAAAAUGUAAGGCAAGGCCAACACUUUUUUCGGAAAAAAUACCGAAAUUCCCCAGUCCCCCCCAGAAAAAACGUACUUUUCCUUAAUAGAAAAGAGAAAGUUGUUAUUUUGUCUUGUCACGAGUGUGGGACGAAAAAAACAUUCUAAGUCACCAUUAGGAAUCGAACCUCAAACCUUCGGAUUCCGCGCUCCGAUGCUCUAACCCCCGAGCUAAAGAGACUCUAUGGUGAGCAAGGCUAUUACAAAGUUCAUAUAUGACACGCGCCCUGCAUUCUGCUAAGAUCAGCAAUUUCGAUAGCGUAAUACUUUGUAAAUGGAAUAAGAAAGAUGGUAACCUUCGUUUGGGUGAGGGAAACUUUGCAGGAGUUAGGUAAAGGUAUAAAGUCAAUUUCUUUAUUUCCCUUUGGCGGUCUGCUUACAAUGCGCAAAUAGCGUUUGAUAUUUGAUGUUCUUGCAUCUACAGGUAUUCUCAGGAAAUUUCAACCGAAAGGAAACAAUAAAACAAAUUUUAUGCAGUGAGCUUGUUGCUAAGCGUUUACGUUUCAUUCCUCAAGAACAUUACGGAAACUGUUGUAUGAGGGUUGAAAUAUAUGGAAUACCACUGGCAGCAGGUAAAAAGCAACAUACGUUUAUAACGAUGAAAGAGCUUCCUUACGACAGCGCCUUGAGUAAAAACCGUACUAGUAAAUACAAAAGACCGGUUCUGGCACUUUUUUAAAAAAAUCAGAAAUAAUAAUACAAGAUCACUGGUUGGCUUAAAAUUUAAAGAUCGGUAACCUCGUUCUUUUGACUGAGGAGGUAGUUUAACCAUUCAUGUUUAAUAGUACAGGUAUUGAAAAACCAUUUGGACAGACUUCACCCAUAAUUAUUGAGUUUACUAAUACAAGUUAUAUUGUUUGAAAAUGUCCACAAAACCUUACAAUAAUACCAGCCCGAACUCGCUCGAGCAAGACUUUGCCGGUGAGAAACUCCCAAGUCCUCGUUUUUUUUUUUUUUUAAUAGUACGUUACAAUGAAGGGGAACGAAAAGUUAGCAAAAACUGCAAAUCCAACUACUUCAAAAGUCCAAUAGCAAAUAAUAUUGUAAAAUCUUUUGUUUUUUUCACAUAAUUCAGUGACAUUACGUAACAGCUUGACAACAGCCACUCUUUACACAAAAAUUAAAUAAUUUAAAUGUGACGCUAAUGUCACGCUCUUCCUGGACAUCUGGGAGAAAAAGCAUAUCCUUAUUUUAGCAUCUUUCAAUUUUACGCAUCUUUCGAUACUCAGACAAAAUAAAUAAUAAAGCUGCUUGUAUUUUCAGAUAAUCUUGCCUUAGAAAAGCCAGCCUUUCAGUCAAGUAUUUUUUUGAUUGCUAUGAAUGUUAACUAUGCAAGAAGAGCAGUGGACGGAGUCAAGAAUACAAACAGAAACUAUUGUGCAAACACAGGAGGAAUGGAUCCUGUUCCGUUUUGGGGCGUCGACUUUGAACAAGUGCUGCCCGUUUCAGAGGUUUUCAUUGGAGACUGUUGUGGCGAACAUUUAAACAGUGCCGAGAUAAUGGUAGGUAAGUACUCAAAUUAGGGAUAGCCCACGUCCCACCGAUUACAGAUUAGCGCGCAGACCUCUACUUCGGUUGGCGAAAGGUAUACAGUCUAUGUGUCCGUCUAUGUGCUCUUACUGAAGAAUGACUUUUUAAAAAAGUUGAUUUUCGUAUUACCUCGAACUAUUACUUGAAGGAAAUCAAACUAGAGAUGAAGGAUUAACCUACAGUCUUUGCGCCAUUGAUCUACGAGUCCCUCAAGGAAAGGGAAAGUUUUUUCGAUGCAAUAUGACGCUGUACGGCAGAUAUUUAUGGAUCAGGGUACUUGGAUUGUCGAAAGCGUUGGUCUUAUGUGAAGUUGAAGUUUUCUCCACAGUUAGAUCAAGUAAGGAAGUUUACAUUUAACAUUGCAGAAUAUGAAUCAUAUCUCUCAUUCCUUUGUCAUAAAACUCCUGAUCAUUUAAUCGAAUUUUGUAGGAAGACAGUCACAGUUGAAUACCCAAUUGUGAGCAUCUUCGGAAUAAGACAGAAAUUCUACUUUAAAGAAUGCUUUUCCAUUAACGGAUGAUCCUGUCUAUUAGCCUGUUCUAACUCCGGGUCUUAUAAACUGAUUGGUCAGUUUUUCUGUGAUGUAAUUGGCAGUAAGGCUCGAAUGGCGUAAGACGGUCGUGAUUGGUCGGUUUCGAUCCGUUGGUAAAGUUAGGUCUUUCUGCUUGGUUCGUUUGUAAUGUUAAUGCCGUGAAUAAGUCGUUUGCAUGGUGCCGUUAGUAGUUGAGUCUGUUUCAAGUUAGUUAACCAGCUUUCCAAAGUCAGUCGUUAAAAGUAGUCAGAGCUGUAGGUUAGACAUUGCACGAAGUCCUAGUCAAUAGUGUGGCUCGUAAGUCGAUGAUGUUCAGCAAUGUGACCGUUGACAUCACCUUUCCUCGUAUAGAAAUAAAUAUGGUACCGGGUGGCAGGACAGAAUAUCAAGCAUGACUCUGAUAUUUCACAAUGUAAAACAAUUCGAGACUCUGAGUGUAGCGGCAUGAUUUAUUUGUGAGAUUCCUAACCUUGAUCCGUUAAAAGCAGCGCUACACAUCUGUGCGCUUAAAGUGAGUUGCCGUUCUUUUUGCUAGAUCUUGCCUUGUAUCAGUCUGCUUCUCAGUCUUCUACAAGGUCAAAUUAUACCGCUGACAAAGCCGUGGAUGGAGUUAUUCAUUCCUGUGCUACAACUCAGUCGCAGCAGGACCCCUGGUGGAAAGUGGACUUAGGAGCAUCGUGGGUUGUGGCGAAGGUCAUCGUUACAUACAAAAGUCAAAUGGAAGGACUUCAAGUCUGGAUUGGUGGGUUCAGGGAAUCGUGAAAGAAAAUUAAGUAAUCAUAGAGUUAUUGUCAUGAGAACGCGCUCUAUAAAAGCCCUCCAUAGAUGUAGCUGUAAAACAGGGAAUAAGUAGCAUUAAAACGGGAGCCCCAAGAAUGUAUGUUUUGCUGACGGUUACUGUAUGUCUUUUUAACGGAGAAGUGAAAAAUAAAAGAAAUGCCUGAUCCCCGAUAAAUUUGAACUUGGUACUUGGGGAGGAAAAAUUUGAAAAAUAAGGUAAUGCCAAGUGGAUUGCAUUUCAAAUAACAACGUGUUCUGUGUUCAUGUCCAACAGGUUAUGACAGUGACAACAGAAGAAGUUCAAACUUGCUUUGUGGAGGAAAACCCCUUUCCAAAACAUUUCUAAACAUUUCUCAACGACUUACCAUAUAUUGUCUACCCAGACUUGUCGGAAAAUUUGUUUUUAUUGAAGAUUCAGGCGCUAACAGAACACUGUCCUUAUGCGAGGUGCAGGUUUAUUCCGAGAGAGGGACAAGCAAUGGUAAGCAGCUGUCGUGACUACUUGUCUAAUUUUCACUUUCACUGAUAAGAGUUAUUUCGUUCUAUAUGGAGAAAAAUGUUAAUCGUCUUGACACAAGCCUGAGACGCAGCAAAACUCGUAUUCCCCCACAUGGCAUUGAUCUUCAUUUCAGCUGUUUCAAGCUGGUUCGAGAAAAUAGGGAAGGGUUUAGUACAGCUUUAAGUCCAACGUUCUUUUUGGGAAAGCGAAGCAUUUUACAACACGGCGAAAAACAUCCUUUUGACUCUUAUCUCAUCCCUUCUUAAUACAGUGGAGCCUUUUCCCAACAGCAAAACUCAAGAGCGAGAUAAGGGAAGAAAGGUGGCUGUUCUUAGUGGGGAUGCGGCCGUUGAUAAGGAUUCCAAUUUAGUAUGUUUCCCCUUAUCUGUUUUCUUUUCCUUUUGAAGCAUGUCAGACACAGGCAAUUAAUUUGGCCAACUCCAACAUACACUCGGACAAACGUUUUACAGCCUCAUCGUUUCUGGCGAACAAUGAACCGUAUAAAGCACGCCUCAGGAAUACUUUAGGAGCCUGGUUACCUAGCAGUAACAACAAUACUAACGACUACCUGGAAGUUGAGCUGGGAGAUGUGUUCUUUAUUUGCGCUGUAGCUACUCAAGGACAUCCACUUCGAGAGCAGUGGACCAGAAGCUAUAAGCUGCAUUUGUUCCUAAGGAAUUGGAUCACCUAUAAAGAGAACAACUCAGAAAAGGUUUGAAAAAUAGUAAACUCGUUAUAGUGAUGUUCUAUAGUUGCCUGAGUAAGAUGGCCUCAAGUCUCCCAGUGGAGGGGUAAUAACGAAAAUUACUUCAUUCAGUGUAUCGAUUUGUGUACGGUUACAUUUCUUUAUUGUGAAAACUGUUUUUACAAGUGACCUAAAGGUGAUAUCAAUUGGAUCAAGUUUGUAAAUUGUCUUACUCUCAACGAACAAGAAUCAAAUCAGAUUUGCAGUAGGUUAUGGGAGAGAGGGAGAGCUAAAUUUUGAUAUGAGUCAAUGAAUCUUUGAUCCUAGUUCGAGAAGGAAAACUGAGUUUCAGUUAAUUUCUAAUAAAAUUUUGCUAUAGAUUUUCAGCGGCGGUAGUGGCAGCCAGCAUGAAGUAGUGAAACAAUUUCUGGUAGAAGUGACAAGGGCUCGGAUCGUUCGGUUCCAGCCAGUUGACUAUUAUAUUCACAAAGUUCUCAGAGUGGAAGUGUAUGGAACAAAAACACCUGCAGGUGCGUCAGUGUUUGAUUUUGAUCUUUUUUGGAUGUAGUAUUUUUGAAUGAACACACUAUGAUAAAGGACCAGACCCAUCAAAUGUUAUACAACAUUAACUAUUCAGAUUUAUGUUUAUUGAUAUCUAAGAAUCAGAGUAUGACAACUUUUCUUUUAAAAAGGAAUUAAAGUGUAAAUGUUCUAAAAAAAUAGUUUUUAAAGAGGGCAAGAAGUAGAUCAAAUGCGUUACCUUAACUCCACAAAAUCGUGACCUUUUUUCAUAAAAAAAUGAAUUACUCCGUAUGAGAUUGUGCCAUGCUGCUUGGGUGAAAUCACCUCAUAUUUCAUUAAGUGAGCGUGUAGAAAGUCAUUUUCCCUCACGGAAAGAGAAAUUUUACUCCCUUGAACGUGAACACGAUAACGUAAGGUGGACGACAGGGAUCUGGGGCAAGGCGGGAGAAAAGUACUUUGCACUGCUCCAUUGUUCAAACCUUGCGUCAGCCAGCCCAGUAUCUUAGCUGCUGAUUGGACAAUUUAUAUUCGAUGAGCAACUUUUUCACAAGUAAAUUAAUAAAGCUCCAAUUCAGUAUGUCACCGUAGCCGCAUGUGACACAAUUAAGCUCGAAAACUUAAGAAAAUCAUCAGGUUAAAAGUAUAAAAUACAAAACGCGUAAUGAAAAUGUCUUGAGAUUGUAAUAUAUGUUGUCUUAACUCCGUGGUAGCGUUCUUCACAGCUUCUCCUGUUCACCCCGUCAUUAAAAACAAAGAGAAGGAAAUAUUUCACAACUCUUCCAUAAAGUGGAAUUCUCCCAAUGCCAAUGGCUGCCCAGUGAGUAUGUUCUCAGUGUACUACAAAGCUAUCAAAUCACGAAAUGAAGAAAGCGCUUGGCAUCGUAUCAAUACAUCUUCGGAUGCAAAUGAGCUGAGCUGCAGUAGUCUCCCACUUGAAUGUGGCACAGAUUAUGAAUUCAAAGUGUCUGCAUGGAAUGACGUGGGAACAAGUGAUUUCUCAGAGUCCUGGCAAGUGAAAUCCAUCACAGGUAUCGCAGUAGUAUUUCUCUAUCUAUACUUUUCCUAAAAUCAUGUAGAAAUUGUUGGCAAAGUUGGGAAUCCUUCUGUGAUAGAGGGCCAGGCUGCUAACAUUUUGACUUUGCGCUCGGGACUUUGAGCGCGAUGCUCGACGAGUCCCCAUGAAAUUUACGAAAAGUAUUUGACGAGUCUCUUAGCCAACGAGAAACGCCGCGUCAUACCAACCACGUUUUUUCCACAAUUAUUCGACACUUAUUACAUUGUAUAAAUUAAAAAACAAAGAAAAACAAAAAAGAAAACAAUUACACAAGUAUGGCCUCGCACAAGUAGAAAGAACGAGUGAUCGUUAAAAACCUUAUAGGAGUCGAUUAUCAGCUGAAACUACAACUCCACUGUUGGUUAUCAGAUUCCACGAGUCUCAAUACAUAGGGGAUGGUAGGGAGAACUCUGUGUUGUACCGAUUUAUUCUCUUCCUUAAGAUUACUUCUCACGAUCAUCAUUACGUUUCCUGACCCAUCCCUUAUAACUCUCAACUCGAGAUUUACCUGCUCCCUUAAUUUGCUUGUUUUAUUUUUGUUUUGUUUGUUUUUUUUUCUAUAUUCAUUUCAAUUUCGUUUUUCUAAGGGUACCCAGCCAUUGUCAACAGGACUAACCAAGUGAAAGGAAGUGUUGUGGUGGUCCGUUGGAAGCCGUGUACUGUUUCUUUAUUCACUAUAUAUCACAGAGAAAUACUUUCAGAGGGCAAAAGUCAUUGGAAAGCAGUAAACGUGUCGAGGCAUGAAACAAGUUAUGAUCUUCAUCUUGGAUGCCAAAACGAGCAUGAAAUAGCUGUAACAGCCUGGAACUCUUCAGCAGAGACUCCACUCACAGCAAUAUUAAAGCACGGCCGAUUUUGGAGAGUGAGAACGUUUGGAGGUGAGAACACUGAAUAAUUUUCAGUAAAAAAUUUCGCAAAAAUUAAAAGUUUGUCAAUGAAAUAUCAUGUCAACUAGUAUUUCAACAGUUCAUUGGCUUCGUUUGAUUUCCUAGCUUAGUCUUCAAAGGCUGCAUUUAAUGGGAUACACGUUAUUUAGUUGUUAACCGUACACAACAAGAGUAGACAGUUUUGCUUCUUACAACGUUGUACAUGGUUUGGCGAAGCAAGCCGGUGAAAUUCGAAAUUCGAGACCGCAAGAAAACGUAUAAGCGGUUUCCCUUAACGAUAGAGAACUUAUCUUUCAGUCUGAACGCAACGAUCAUUCGCAUGACCUGACGCUGACUUGUGAUUGCUUCUUGCUUGUGAUUGGUUCUUUUGAGUACAUGUUGUUAAUCUAAAAUGUUUUAACCAUGAUGUCAAUCAUUGUUGUUCAAACUUCAAACUCCAUAACGUCGAAUUCGCCGUAGCUUCCUGUAAAACUUAUCAUUUUAGCAACAGUCACAUAAAAACAAAGUACACAUGCUGACUUGUGUUUACUAUCACUCUUACUGACGUGCUUCUACUUCUCUCUAAGAGACAGUCACGAAACAUUCUAUUUUGUGACAAGUGGCUAAAGGGGGAAAAAACCUUCCGAGAUUCCGGCUUCGGUUAAACGAGAACUAACCACUGACGUGUUUUGUUGUAGAUCGUGGGAUUAUUUUCUGUUACUCAAAAUUUCAUACACGUGUUACAAUGAUGUUUUCUUGACUCCUAUAUAUCACGUAGCAACUGAUUCCACACUGUUAACUUGACGCUGAAUAGAUCAAGUUCCAACAGUAAUGAUUUAAUUCAAGGUCAAGCAAUUUGGGCACAGUUACGAGAACCUAAAAGAAUCCCUUGCUUUCAGCAAAUGAAAGUCAGUUGCGGGUGCACAUUCCGUUUUAUGAAUUAUUUGUCGUUAUUGCUUCAGGUAAACCGUCUCCUCCGAUUAUAAAAAGCAAAGAAGUUCAGAUGUCUGGAUGUGAUGUGAACCUCAAGUGGAGUUCUCCACAAGACAACGACUGUCCGCUUACCAUGUAUACAAUAUAUUACAGAGAGGUGCAAUCUUUAGGUGAAGAUGAGUACUGGCAUCACAUCAACGUUACCAUGGACUCUACUUCAACGAGUCUCACGUCGCUCAAUUGUAACUCUGAGUACUUUUUUAAAGUGACUGCUUGGAAUGAACUGGGAGAAAGUAACACCUCAAAAGAAUGGCGUAUAAAAACUGGUCAGGUCACUGACAUUUCUCGCGGACGAACCCUCAGCAUUGCUGUAUUUGUAGGAUGUGGGCUAUUUAUUCUCUUAACUGUUGGAAUCCUUUGCUUCAUGAUCAGACAAAGGAGAAAAAAAAAGGAAAAUUCGAGGCCACAAAGCAAGAAGGUUGGAAAACGUUUUAUUCUAGAAAUGUGUUAGCUAACCCAAUCCCAAAUGUAAAAUGCUGUUAAUUGUCAUAUUCCAGAGAACUUCUGCCUCCGUGAGUGAAUGUCUUUCCCUCGUAUCAUCUUAUUUAAGGAAUUCGUAGAGGCUAUAUGCGAUCGAAAUCGUUUACAUACGUUUAUUAACAUGUAUUUGAUAAUACCCCUUCCCCCCUAACAAACUAAAUAUCCCUCAAUGCUUCGCAUACGAGUAUGUGUGAAAUCUUGAUGAACAAAAGAGAAAAGACUCUUCAAUGUUUUAUUAGAUCGAUGUCAGACAUCGUUCCCCUGCUGUUAAAGGAGAUUCCCCCGGAACGUGUAACCAUUAUGGAAGAGCUGGGUCGAGGCGCCUUUGGUAAAGUACACAAAGGAAUCUUAAAAGAAAUGCCGAAGGUUGAAGUGUUUUUCAAGCCCAAAGAAGAAAGAGAGGAUCAUAUUAAAGAAGGAAGAGUUGUCGCCGUAAAACUCUUACAUGGUAAGGAAUCACUGCACGAUAUAUUCGCUUUUUCGGUUAUGCGAGCCUUUUGAAGAAAUCACGAUGAAAAAGUUAGUGACUCAGAACUUCACAGUUAUAGGAUCUAUUUUAUUCAAUCCUUUUCUUGGGGCAAGAAAACUUAUUCUGUCAAACACGUCGAGUACCGACCGUAAUCACUGAUGAAAUACACUUUCACACGGCUGAUCACGAGAAACCAGUCUCUAUCCUCGUGGAUCUUCCGUAUUUCAACAUUCCUCUGUUUGGAAAGGUGUUUUCUUCGGAUGCUUUCGAUGACUGUGAUCGUCGUGACCGUUCAGACCAAAUUACACAGAAUGAUCCGUCCGUCAAUGACUUAAAUUCUACUUCCCAACCGGUCAUUAGAAAAGGAAGUAUCUUGCCAAAAUCAUUGUAGGAGGGUUUACGAAAAUUGAGACGAGCGUGUGAGUCGCCAGUUGUUGUGAAAUAAUUUACAACGGUAACCCUCCCGUCACUGUCAUAUCAUUCUGAUCAACGUACUGAAAUGUUUGUGAACAUGCAUCACUCCAUCGUCAUUUAGCGAAUAUAAGCUUUAUUUAGUUAAAUCGAGGACUAAGAUUUGCUGUGUUUUAUCAUAUUCCGCUUUCAGAAAGAGCUGGUGAGGAAGGGCAAGAGCAGUUUGUCAGAGAAAUCUCGUUUAUGCAGCGAGUUGGUACUCACAGCAAUGUGCUAGGUAUGAUUGGUUACUGGGACAGAUCAGAGCCAAUCAUGCUAAUCCUGGAAUAUGUUCCACAUGGAGAUCUUCUGCAGUGGCUGAGGAACAAAAGGCAACAGGUAAAAAUUUUUUGCACCGUCAAAACCAGGGUGCACUGGAAAGAUCACUGAUCCAUUGCUAAACACAAUUACCGUCCGAAAAAAGUCGGAAAGAUGAUCUAAAUCAUAAUUCUUCUUGAGAUACCAAGUACAAACACUACUUGGGUUGUGAGCGGAUGCUGAUGAUACAUUUUACUGUUUUUCUCCGUUAACAGAAUUUCCAAAACGCUUUUACAACUUGGUGCCUUGGAAUUUAGAUGGGUCUAACAAUUCAAAAUGGUUUAACAUAUUUUUUCAACUGUUUUGUUCUCGAUAAGUGGAAUUGGUCCAACAUCAUCUUUCAUUAAUUUCAGGUAAAAUGUAAAAACGGCAUUGAUGGUGUUGUUUUUGAAUCUGUGGACGAUUUAUCAGACAGUAGUGCGAGUUCAAAUGGAGCUGCCUCAACUGGUAAGUCAGAGGACGAAGGCUUUCACGAUAGUGGAGAGAAACUCACGACUGUGCAGGAAUUCAAGGAAGUCUCCGAAAAACAAGACGUCCGCGUCACGUCGGAGGUUCUAAUGACUCUGGUAGAACAGCCAUUUACAGACGAUAAAAGGAAUGACACUGAAGUACUUGGCAUCAAAACUCCCCAAACUGAUUUUCCAUCUGGCCUCGAAGGAGAGAAAAAUUCACGGAGCCAACAGUCCAAUGGACUGAAUCACAUGGAUGUCACUUUGCCCACUGAAAGUGCAAACACUGCAUUGCCCUCUGUAAGUGCAAACACCGGUUUGGAAGAUUUUAACCCUGAUGUUCGGCCCAGUAGUGGAAGCGGAGACGAUUUGAACAUCAAGAAGACAGAGGAUGAAAACGGAAAUGAAGAUAAAGGGAGAGAGGGAAUGAAAUCAUCGAUUGAUGAAGAAGGAACAAUCGGCAUUUCAUUUGAAAGUGCCCGUUCCUUGCCGCAGCCCCAGGAGAACAUGGAGCGACAACAAGAAACAAGUGAAGCUGGUGAGAAGGCAGUUGACUUCACUGUUCAAGAUGUACUUUGUUUUGCAUGGCAGAUAGCAAGAGGAAUGGUAGGUAAUUGAACUAAGUGAAAUAAAUUUUACGAUCAGACACUUUUCAGGAGUGUAGGAAUGACCGUGCUUCCCUAUUAUCCCAGAUUCGAGGAAAAAUUCUUUGAUAUAAACCGGGGCAAAAUCAAAAAAAUUUAGCUAAACGUUUGAUUCUUGAUACACAAACAAUUCUAUUCUAAACACUGGAAAUAACGUUAAAACCAGCAGCUCUCUUAUCGCAAAAUCAUCAAAAAAUUAGUUAACCAUGCCGUCGUAACAAUCUAUUUACUUUGUUCAGCAAUUUUAACCUUAUACAACCGGUUUUAUUCAGACAGCAAGAACUGAGCUACCAUAAGUUUACUGAUGUUCUCCUUUUCCGCAAUGGGAAACCAUAAAAGAAAAGAAAGGAUAGACGGCACAUGGUUUGUAAGUACUUUAUGUGUUUCGGUUUCUUUUUUGAAUAGGAGUACUUAGCAAGUAAGGGAUUUGUUCACCGCGAUCUGGCCGCGCGUAACAUCCUUAUUGGUGAAGACAGAGCUGUAAAGAUUGCUGACUUUGGCCUGUUACGUCACACGUAUGGAGAUAUUUAUGAAGUAAAGAACACGAGGAAACUUCCAAUCAAAUGGAUGGCGCCUGAGUCACUAGACAGUGGCGUAUACACUUCUAAAAGUGACGUGUGAGUAUUUGAAGUUUAUAUAGCACUUAUAGGGGGAGGGGGGGGUGUCUCUUGACAUACGUCUUUCACGUUUUAAUCUGAGUUAAAUGUAUGUAAAUGUAAGCAAUAAUUUGCUCUCACAUGUGAAUGCAUGUUCCUUACCAGAGCAUCUUUCCCAUCGGCCUUAUCAACCACAGGAAGUCAAAUUCAGGAACAUGAUCGUCUGAAUAUUCUGUUCAAGCACCCUACUAGACUAUUAAUUGACGGUAUACUUUAGUAUUAUUAACUGAGUUGAUAACGUAAAUUUACCACCGUAAAUAAUUGAAAAGCUGACGUUUGGAGUGUUAACCAUUCGACUAUCCCUCUUGACGAAGGGCUAACGCUCUCAACGUCAGCUUUUGAACUCUAAACGGUGGUCAAUUUACGUUAGCAACUCAGUAGAUAAUAAUUUAUUAUCCUGUUAUACUCUCCGACCGACACAGCAUUAUAGUCUUUUUAGAAACUUACCCCCUGUAUUAACUUGACGGUAUUUGUCAUCAGGCUUAGAAAAUAACAUAAACUAAUUAUUUUCGUCCCUUUUUCCGGUAGUUGGUCUUUUGGUGUACUUCUUUGGGAAUUGUGCACAAUGGGUGAGUAACAACACCUGAUGCAUCACAGCAAAAGUAUCCAACCUCUUUUUGCCUCACCUAUAACGCAUGUUUUUCAGUUAUAGGUUCGUUUCAGCUGCCUAACUGAAUUUUCCUAUUUGUGCUGAACUAUUUUCACUACUACUCAAGUAAUGUUCAUUACUGCGAAGAUUGCUUUCAUAUUCACGUCUUUAUCCGCAAGUUCAAAUAUAUGACUUUCACAUAUUCUCAGUCGUUUAUGCUGGACUGUGUUACAAAUAAAUGUGAGAGAGAGGGAGGGAGGGCAAAAACAAUGAUUCAAUCAACAACCUCCGAAUCCGAGAGGCGUUGGAUUGUGAAAAAAGAGAAAUGGACCUUCCUUUGGGGAAAAAAAGGCUAGAAGCGACCUGGCCGCUAAGAAAUAUGUCAUUUGAUAUUUGACAUCUGCAUUUUCUCAAACCUUUUAUUCACGAGGGGUCUAAGACUUAUCGAAGUUGCUAUAAAAACAAUUUUUCUAGUAACUUUUUUUUUCUUCUUCUGAUUUAACUUGCAUCCAAGGUGGCAUCCCUUACCCUGGAAUAAGCAACAGAGAGUUGUUAAGACUUCUUAAGUCAGGAUAUCGAUUGGAAAAACCAGCCAUUUGCUCUGAUGAGCUGUAAGUUUAACAAAUAAUCUUCAAUUGUUCCAUGCAAUUAACCUUAAUUCAACACCAACUAAACCUUUUCGACUGAAGUUUUGCUUUUUGUCUAUUUGACUGAGCGAAUCUCUUUUGAAGUUAUAGGUAAGGUCUGGCUGAGAUAUGUAGUUUAUCAUCAAUGAUAACAGUAAUCUAGAUAAUUCCACUUAGUUGAAUAAUUUUAAAAAAAGGCUGACAAUUGUGACAGAGGAAUUGAGAUCAAUGCUAGAAAAUAUAGUGUACCAGUAUGAGAAACUCUACAUGGAAACAAGGGCCUCACGAAAACAUUGAUUUCAGGGAUAGUUAUUUCAGUGAAUCACAUUGUAUACUUAUCAAGCAAGCUAACAAUAAAAGAAAAGAAAAAGUACCAAGUCUUUUUUUCAAGAACAUUUUGCCAUUGUAACAUCGAGAUGGCCAGAAUAUUCAACAAGAUGUGGUUUUCAAAACAAUUAUUAAGCGUAUUUGGUGAAGACGCCUUUAAAUUGUAAUUUGUUUUAAAGCUCGAGGUGAACUUUAUCAUGUCUGCAUUCUCCUUCCUGUGCUUGGUCGUCAGUAUCUGGUCCAACAGUAAUCACUGAAGACCAUGACUUCCACAUAGCGCCAAUGUCCCCGUUGACACCAGAAUACUUUAUAUCUUAUCAGAUACGAGUUAAUGUUAGACUGUUGGAGGGUAGACCCAGAAGAGAGACCAUCAUUUGAACAGCUGAUAACAAGAAUAGAAGAAAUGAUGACGAGGGACACUCCUUACUUUGAUCUGAAUGAAGACUAUGAAAGCGUUGCCUCUAACACUGAGACGACACCCGAAACUGACCAACCACAUGCCUGA